AAUCGAAAGGCGAUCGGAAUUGAUCAGUGCCGGCUGCAGUUGCAAAAUGUCCGCUCGAAGUUUCCGAGAACGGCACCGCAAUCACAUGCUUGAUUUUCUUAUGAAAAGCAGACAAUUGCACGUUGAUUGGAGCAUUCAGUUGUCGAUCUUCGAGCUGACGCUAGCCCGGAGUCUGCUUCUCCUGCUGUGGCAUGAAGUGGCGAGGUCUCUGGCAGACCUUCGCAUGCUGUCCGAGUCUCAGAACCAAGCGCUGAAGGCCCAACUCGUCGAGCAUGAAGCGCUGGUUCGAGAGAUGUAUCACUGGACCGCCACGUAUCACAUCAAGCCUUCCCUAGACCACAAUCGCACCUCGUGGAGGCACGCGUCGCUGCUGAACGACCCGGCCACGCGAAAACUCGGCAAGGAGUGGAUCACAGAGCACAUGUUCCACAACACCGACGCCAUCUUUCAUCAGUACGGCUUCCCGCCUCGGGAAUCGUUCGAGCACCUUCUACACGACUUCAACUUUACCUUCGACGAUAACGGGUAUUGC